ACUUCCACUUACGUCCUCAUCGCUGUCAGUGGUGCAGGUCGCCUUAGUGUCUCAAUUGCCUCCGAGAGGCCGGUCGUCGUGUGUUUCUCAGCAGUUUCGCCUUCGCAAGAAGUCCGCAGCCAUGCACGCUGGUGUAAAGCCUCUGUACCGCUUUGCGGACAUUGCAGAGUUUGCCCAUCGCCACAAGACCGGCACCGAAGCCGAGUUUGCAGCAGAUCAGCUCCUCGUCGACCAGAUCAACAAGCAAGAGAUCAAGCUUCAGGGUUGGGUCGUUUCACACACUCGCCACACUGCCAAGCGGGACGAGUACUUGAUCCUCGUGAACCCUGGGCUUGAUGGCGAGCGAAGGCUGCCGCAGCAGGGCGAGCAGGCCAAAGUCAGAGUCGUCUUGAAGGAUGACUCCCUGACCCGCUUCUGGGACGCGUGCAGGAUUGAGCUCCCAAUCGAUCUCGGUGUUACCGCCCCCUUCUUAGAGAAGCUGGCCGCCUUUCAAGUGACCGUCUACAUUGCGGAUGCACACAAAGACGUUCAACCCCUGCUCAGCAAGGUCAACAGCCCGCCGACUAGAACCACCUCAGACUCAGAGGAGAAUCUCCGCGCCCAAUCGCCUUCGGAAACCUCUAGCAAUUCUUGGGAUACUUCAUCCUGCAGCACCGACAAUAUUACGCAUACCACGGCCACCACCUUUGAGUCCGGCAAUAACCACGAUGUCAAGCUUUCUGACGACAAUGCCGUACAAGUGAACUUCCUGCUGACGGCGUCUGAAGCCACCAAGAAUGCCGAAAUCGCUGCUCUCGACCUGCUGUACGGCAAACAUCAGAACGCGACCGAGCGUCAGUUAAAGGCCUUCGAAUACUUCGUCCUCCUUCGCAACCCGGACUUUGUCGUUGACAUGCACCACCUGAUUCCCCACCUGAAGACAGUAAUGGAUGAGCCCUGGUGGCCUGGCUCGCUCUUGGCCAAGAAGUUUGCUCAACUCAAUCCUCAGCAAAAGGCUGCGUACCUACACGGUUUCAACAAUGUCCCGUGCGGAGUCUGCAUCCUUCCUGGUUGUCCAGGAGCCGGGAAGACCCACCUCAACCUUUUCACAAUCGUGAUGGCACAACUUAGGCCCCUUCCGAGUCCUGUCAGAGUCAAGGGUGGGUUGGAGAGGCGCUGCGCCAAGGUUCUGUUCAUCGUCGAUAUGAACAGCCCGGUAGAUGAUGUCGCCAACCGCAUGGUACGGUUGUAUGACGAGCUUGGGCUUAAGAAGAGCGUCAUCCGCAUGAAGGGAUGGGGCGCCGAAGUGAAAUUCAGCGACAGACUUAGCGCUGUCGAGGAACCAGGGGAAGUCAUGCACGUUGACUUCUCCAGGCAGUUCCUCCGAACAGCAAAAGGCAUGUCGCUCGCAAAAACCACAGCCACCCGCACCUGUAACGCCCCGAGUCUAGACGAGGCAGCCUGGCAGCGUUAUGACAAGUACAGAGACGCGCACUACGAGUCUCUAACCAGAUACCUGGAAGAAGAGCUGCGGGAAAGCAGUGAUGUUCUCCCCUUGACUUUCCGUCGGAUGGUGUACUCUCUAUACCGAGACACGCUCGGUGAUGCGGACUUCAUUGCAACCACCCCGGUGGCAGCCAGCAAUCAUUUCCGCGGCAUGUUCAAGCCAGACCUUGUGUACUUCGACGAGGCCCCGCACGCCCGGGAGCUCUCAAACCUGAUCGCGAUCGCCAACUUCGACCCCAUCGCUUGGAUCUUUUGUGGCGAUUACCGCCAGACGGUUCCGUAUGUCGGUUCGGCGUCCGCUCCGGCUAACGACAAUAUUUAUCGAAAGCAGAUGCAAGUCUCCAUGAUGGAGCGGGCAGCAGCAGUCGACGCCAUUAGGUUCGAACUGCUAAUGAGCCACCGGUCGUUUGGUGGUCUGCAUCAGUUGGCCUCUGACUUGUGGUACGGUGGCCGCAUGGUCAGCGGUAACGAUGGUGGCAAGGCUUGUCCUGUCCCGCGCCUGCUCCUCCAUGUCAAGAACUGUGGCCCGGAACAACUUGACGGGACUUCGGCAUGGAACCCCACGCAUGCUGUGUGGGUUAUGGAUCGUGUCCGCGAGCUCCUGAAUGACACCAAGUUCAAGCAUGCGGCGCGCGAUGAGCCUGGAACCAUUCUCAUUAUUUCGCCUUACAAGAAGGCAUAUGACGAGUACAGGAAAGCCGUCAAGAGGCUGCCUGAAUGGGCGCAAAAGCGGGUAGAGGCGCGAACGGUCGAUGUUGUCCAGGGCCAUGAGGCCGACUUUGUGUUUGUCGACUUGGUCAAGGAGAAGUCGACCGAAUUCCUCGACAACCCGAACCGGCUUUGCGUUGCCGUCACUCGCGCGCGGCUUGGCGAGAUCAUCAUGAUGCAUCCGAAGAUGAGCCAGUCUGCUACCUUCAUCCGGCACUCCAAGCAUCUGAAGGGCAUUUAUUCCCAUUGCAGAGACAAUCGCCAACUUGCCUGGGUUGACGCAAAACCGGGCGUAGGAUCGGUCGGUAGCAAGCGGGUGUCAACCUCCCAUACUAUCAAGGGGAAAAGCCCGGUGUCCGCUGUCAAAGGCGUCUCCCUCCCUGCUGGCAUCAUGGACUUCCUCUUCCCACAGGGUUAUGUUGGAGUAGAUGGGAAUCGGGUUAGCGACGUGGGAGCUUCGACUCCGCAGCCCGGCCCCAACAACGGUGAUUAGACUGCCGGCAUGCCCACCGUUUAGGCCGGUGCAGACAUACCAACUUCAGUUGUUGUGCGGCCAGUCGGUAAUUGACCCGGCAAUGCCAGCACCACUAUUUCA